AUGGGGAAUUCUCUCCUUCUGGGAGUCGUUUACCUCGUUGAGGAUUUUCACUUUAUCAUCGUCACCAUCAUUAGGUGUUGGGACAGAAACCACCUGGCCGUGUUGGCUCUCGAUGCUCAAACGAACCUUAAACAGAGGUAUCGACUUUUGCACAUCGAGCUGUUCAGCAUGAUGCGCCCGCGUUCUCGUCUAAGCGGAAAGGGGCACAGUCGUUUACGAGCAGUGACUGUUGUGCGUGGCGAAGUUGCCGAUUCGGAUUUACGUCAAUCGAAGCACGUUGGAGUCACGAGCUGCAGCCGUCUGCUGGUCCAGCUACUUUGCAAUCCUCCUCUUUGUCAACGACCCUCAGAACUCGAUUAA